GGCCAAAAAACGUCUAAUCCUCAGUUUUCGAAUAUGCUUGAAAUAAAUUUGAAGAUAUAUAAAAGACUUCAAACCAUCCUGUAGACAACUCAUAUCAACAAUCACUUCCACAUCAAAACAUCCAACCAUCGGCAUUGCCAUCAAACAAUCUUUUUUAAACUUUCCUUUGUCUUAACAAUCAUUUUUUUGUAAAGUUUCACAGCACAACCACACUUACACACUCAUUCAGAAACACAUUUCUUGUCAAUCACUUUAUUUCGAGUAACAACUUCAAGAUGCAAUUCUCUACCCUUCUCAUUUCGGCCGCAGCCCUCAUUCCAUCCGCUCUCGGCUGCAUGAACGUUAGUGUAGUUUACACUUUUGGAACCGACAACGCUCCAAGCAAUCUUUUUAUUUCGUAUUUAGAUAACGGAGGAGUAACUUGCUACUACAACGAGAGGAGCCCACCUACCGGCCACCAACUGGCUUAUCCCCUCGUCGCCAACGCAGAAGGGAUUAAACUUAAUGAUACAUACACAGGAUGCGUGUAUAAAUACUCGAGCGAAAUCCAACUCGAUUUGGUGGAAAAGGGGUAUAAGAAGUCGCAUAACGUCAUCAACAGUUACCAGUACGAAGUAGGAGUCAAUUCACCCAAAACAGUCGAAUACACGGGUCUUUACCUUGGGGAUAAAACAGUGAGCGGUGGUAGCGGGGAUAAGCCAGAGGUUUGGACUUGGACCACUGACUUUUUCUGUUAAAUGCGGAUAAUGGUAUCGUGGGCAUAGAAGCCCGGUGCGAUAUGAUGGCGCUCUUAGUGUCAAUUAUAUGCACGGUUUUCAAUUCCGAACAGAGAGAAUGGUUGCUCGGAGGGAGGGUGUUUGGGACUGGCUGGAGCAUGGCGGGUGCUUGCGUGAGAGAAUGAGAGCUGGUCUCGAAAGAUCGAGAGUUGAUUUCUUGUCUUUA